AGCAACGCACGCUGCAGCAGGUGAUACGACAAAUCGGCGCGGCGUCACAAUGGAAGCCGCACAAGGACCAACCGUAAUACCGUCCCAGGAUACACUGAUCGCGGAUCUUUUAUCACUCGAUUUAUCUGCUCCAAGUACUGGCGUCCCUACGCACGGUCUGGGCAUGGAUUCAUAUCAGCCAGCACCAAUGUCUUCCGGUCUUGAUGAUUUGUUAGGCCUUGGAUCAGAUGGACUGCUUGGCGAUGUUGGUGGAACAACUUCACCUCCUACCAUACAGCAAACUCAAACACCGGCUCCCCCCACAAAUGCUCCAGGAAUUUUCGCUACCCACACGAUAGCACCUCCUCCUCCAACUGUUCCAUCUGUUGGACAGACUCUACUGUCAACUGAUGUGCCACCGCCGGCUCCAACAACCACUUCUGCUUCCAAUCCAUUCACCAGUCUGGGUGACCUCUUUGCUGGACCGACACUAGGAGCCUCAUCCGCUUUGUCCGGGCAAACAGGAUAUGUCGCCCCAAAA